CUGUUAAGAGAUGUUUUUUCUAACAGUUCUAGCAAUGUGGCUUCUUGUGUUUAAUCAAGAUCAAAUUGUAACUUCUUACACAUUUGACAACUGUGAGGUCCAUGAAGCCUUUGGGAACAAAACCAAAGUUCUGUGCUACAAUCGGCAUUUGUCAGAAGUCCCAACCUAUCUACCAACCAAGCUCGUAUUUUUGGAUUUAUCUCAGAACAGUAUCCCAAGCCUGGGGAAGUAUGACUUCAGGAACUUUAACCACUUGCAAGCUCUCAACAUUUCCCAAAAUAAAAUAAAGAAAAUUGAAGAUGGUGCUUUCAUUCACACAAGCCACUUAGAAUUUUUGAACCUUACUGCAAAUAAGCUGCAUCUUCUCUCCAGCUCUAUGUUUGAUGGGCUCAUGAAUCUUACCACUUUACUGCUUGCCAACAAUGAAAUAUAUAGGAUCAAUCCUUCUGCCUUUGCCAACUUGAAGAAAUUAAAGGUAAUUGAUUUAUCUUCAAACAGAUUGUAUACCCUGAAUGCUAUGCAUGCUGUCUUUAACGUGGAAACUUUAAAACAGUUGUACAUCAGAAACAAUGGUUUGCAGGGCUUCUCAACCAAAGAGAUUAUUAGUGCACCUCCAUUGCUUGAUGAGCUAGAUGCAUCCCAUAACCCAAUUUCCCUUAUUAAUAUUACAACUCCAGUUUUGCACAGCCUUGUUUCACUUGAUUUAUCAUUUCCCACUGCCAAUGCCUCUAUUUUAUGGGAAAUAGAAGAUCCUUGCUUUCUACAAGGCUUAAAGGCAUUAUAUUUAGGAGGGAUAGCAAUGAAGCCAUCUGAAAUAUCUAAAGUGAUCCAAAUGCUGAACUGUUCUCAGUUAGAAAUUAUCCACCUAAACCAGUUAAACAUAACUGAGUCAGACAGUCUCAUAGAAAAGGUAUGCCAAUGGCAGCAGCAUGUACGAAGUCUUAACUUUCAAGGCAAUAUGUUCAGAAGUGUUAAGGCAGGGGCUUUUGAAAAUUGCACAAAUUUAAAGUUUUUGAAUAUGUCAUUUAACAAGUUGAAAAGCCUACCAAUGAUAUCCUUUCAGUCAUUGAAUUUGUUACAUUUCAUUUCUCUGUCAAGCAACAUAUCCACUCCUGUACCAAUUACUAGUCCUAAUGUAUCAUUAUUAGAAAGCCUAGAUCUUCGCUUUAACAAAAUCCAUAACAUUACCUCCGACGGCUUCAGACAUCUAAAUAAUUUAAAGAUCUUCUACAUCAAUGGAAAUCAUAUCACUUCUAUCUGUUCACAUAACUUUGGUAAUCUAAACAAAUUGCAAGAACUAAAUCUAGGGCAAAAUGGUUUAAAAACAAUCAAACAACCUUUCUCAGGAAGCUUAAAUAAAUUGGAAGUGUUGAUGCUAAUGCAAAAUAUGUUGACUAUCAUAAAGAAAGGUGUUUUUAAGAAUCUUUCUUCCCUUCGGUUUCUUAAUCUGGCAGACAAUCAGAUUGCUACAAUAGAACCAGGAGCCUUUGAAGGUCUGAGCAAUCUACAGAUUCUUAUUCUUGGACACAACAGGAUCACCAAACAGACUUUUCAUAAAGAGACUUUUCAAGGGGCAAGCUCUUUAGCAGAUCUUGAUCUUUUUAAUAAUUAUAUCAGUUAUGAAUCCCCAGAAAUCCUUGCCAACCCACCCUUUAAACUUUUGAGGUCUUUAAACAAACUAAAGAUAAACAGCCAGGGUCACGAUGGACUUAAGAAUUUUCCAGUGAAUCUUUUAGAGGGUUUGGAGUCCAUUGUACAAAUCCAUGCAGGCAAUUUAGCCAUUUCUUCUUUAGAAUCAGAGACAUUUAACUUUACUCCUACUCUUCAGGAGCUUGAUUUGAGCAACAAUAAACUUAAUUCAAUAAGCAGUAUUUUAUUCCAGCCUAUAUCAAGGCUGAAAGAAUUGCACCUGAAUAGAAAUGGGCUAAAUUCUCUCAAUUUUUUUCUCCAUGCCAACCUUUCAAGACUGACGCUCUUCAGAGCAACUGGAAACCUAAUAGAUGUUGUCACUGAAGAGCAAAUAAGUGCUUUACCUUCCCUUCUUUUCCUAGAUCUCAGGCAAAAUCCUUUCACCUGUACAUGUAGUAACCAAAUGUUCCUCCAGUGGUCCUUACAGAAUCCUAAAACUCAGGUGCUCCAUUUCUAUCAGUACACUUGUGCUUUCCCUCAAGCACACAGGGGAAACAAACUGUGGACUUUUAAAACAUCUUCUUGCUUUAUUGAUCAUGAGUUUACCCUGUAUAUUGCAAACACAACAGCAGUUCUUUCACUUAUGCUUGUCUGCUUCUUUUAUCAAUGGAAACUGCAUGUGAUCUAUAUUUUUCAUCUAUUAAUUGCUUAUUAUAUUGACAAGAAGCAAAAAAGGAAGGGGCAAGGUAUGGAAUAUGAUUAUGAUGCGUUUCUUUCCUACAACACCCAUGAUGAAAAAUGGGUGAUGAAUGAUCUACUUCCAGUGCUGGAAAACCAAUAUUGCUGGAAACUUUGUUUGCAUCACCGAGACUUUAAACCAGGGCGGCCCAUCAUUGAAAACAUUGUAGACAAUAUCUAUGCUAGCAGGAAAACCAUUUGUAUAAUAAGUCGCCAAUAUCUGGAAAGCGAGUGGUGCUCCAAGGAGAUACAGGUAGCAAGCUUUCGCAUCUUCGAUGAUCAUAAGGAUGUCCUGGUUCUUGUUUUCCUGGAAGACAUUCCUACUGAAUAUCUCUCCCCUUACCACAGAAUGAGAAAAUUGCUAAAGACAAAAACUUACCUCAAAUGGCCCCAGGAUGAGCAGGAAAUUCCAUUGUUUUGGCACAAGCUCAAUAUGGCUAUGAAGACAGGAGAUGGAAAAGAGGAUGAAAAUCCAAUUUUGGCUGGAUUUGUUCCUGAUGAAAUUCCAUAA